AUGCCAACCCCAGCUGUUCCUGAGCGUCCGUCUCCUUCACAUCCGCGACUUCUUCCAAAAGUUACCUGCAAGGGACUCGAUCCCAGCCGCAGCGCAGAUCUUGCUAGCGAGAGCCCCGGCGCAAUCAAGAGGCAUUCGAGUAUCACUCCAAAGCCCUGCGGGGAGCUUUCUGAGUUUUCGCGCCGCACUGAGACAGAGACGCUCCUCGGCAACAAGUCUCAACUUGCGGAAUUUGCAUCCUCUAGCUUAAUGCUGAUAAGUUUUGAGGUCUUUAAUGGUGCGGAAUAUGAUUGGCUCCCUCAUCUGGAUGCCGUGACUACCGUUCUCAGCAUGCAUUCCCCAGAAGCUCUGCUUGGGCCUGCCAAUAGCACAGAUGCCGCUAAAGCCAGUGAGGAACACGUAUCAAAUGACAAUCAGCCCCAACCGGGCUUGGAAUUUCUCAUGGUCCAUGCUAUAUGGUUCGAUAUCCUGUCAUGCAUCUCGACAGGCCGCGUGCCGCAGAUUUCAUACCGGCGAUGGCUCGAAACAUCAAAACUUGAGAUGGCAGACCUAAUGGGUUGUUACAACUGGGUUAUGAUCGCCAUUGGCGACUUGGCACACCUUCAGGCGUGGAAAACAGACAUGAAGGAGAAAGGAACCUUGAGUGUGCCAGAUUUGGUGAUGAGGAGCAAAGAGGUUGAUACGCGGCUACAGAACGGUAUCGACGAGCUUGAAAUGUCUAUUAAAGGAAAUACUAAAGCACCCCGGGCUGCAUGGGUCUCGCACAUCUUUGCACUGGCUUCACUGGUUCUGUCAAGUACCAUAGUAUCAGGACCAUGGGCAUCACUCCCAGAAAUUAAAGACAGCGUCGGCAAGGCAGUGGAUGAUGUAUGGCUGAUCCUGAGCACCAACCUUUCUUCCAGUCACUUCUGA